AUGACGGACGUGAAGGAAAUCAAGGCUUCCGCUCCAAGCCCUGAACGGGAAAAAUAUGACAUCUAUCCGGCCGAAGACCAUGUUGCGGCUGAGUUUACCGACAUCAACGAAAAAUCGCUUCUUCGAAAGCUCGAUUACAAACUCCUUCCUCCAUUGACGAUCCUGUACCUCUUGUCAUUUCUUGACCGAAGUAAUGUUGGCAACGCUCGUCUGGAAGGGUUGACGGAUGAUGUUGGCAUGAGUGGAAACCAGUACCUCACUGGUUUAACUCUAUACUUCGUCGGUUACGUCCUAUUCGAGAUUCCCUGCAACAUCAUCUUGAAGAAAACAACUCCCCGAAUCUGGCUCCCAACGCUUACUUUGAUCUGGGGUGUUGUUGCCACGCUUCUUGGUAUUGUGCAAAACUAUGCCGGAUACCUUACUUCGCGAACAGCUCUCGGUGUCGCGGAAAGCGGUCUCUUCCCUGGAGUCGUCUUCUAUCUUUCCAUGUGGUAUAAGCGAAACGAACAGCACUACCGGGUGGCAUUAUUUUUCAGUGCCGCGUCGCUUGCAGGUGCCUUUGGCGGGAUUCUUGCUUGGGGAAUUGCGCAUAUGGAUGGUGUCGGUGGUUAUGCUGGUUGGCGCUGGAUCUUUAUCCUUGAAGGAUUGCUCACGGUAGUAAUGUCUGUCGUUGCAUACCUGUGGGUUUACAAUUACCCAGCUACCGCCGAAUUCUUGACAGAAAAGGAGCGAAGCUUCAUUACUUUUCGCCUAAAGCACGACAACGAUGCGACACGCGAGGAGAGAUUUUCAUGGGCGGCGGUUACUGAUGCUAUUAAAGACCCCAAAGUUUGGCUGUAUGGGCUCGGAUUUCAUACCAUGUCCCUUCCGUUAUAUACGCUGUCUUUGUUCCUGCCCACCAUCAUCAAAGAGCUUGGAUACAGCGCGGCCAGGGCCCAACUGCUCACUGUCCCCCCAUAUGCCUUGGGAUUCGUGACGACAAUCACUGUGGCUAUUCUUUCUGAGCGCACCAAGCGCCGUGCGCCCUACAUCAUGGGCUCUUCAGCAUUUGCUUGCAUUGGCUACAUUAUUCUGCUCGCCGGACGAAAGCCCGGCGUCUCCUAUACUGGCACAUUUUUCUGCUGCGCUGGUAUCUACCCUGCCGUAGCUAUUGUUCUGUCUUGGCCCGCCAAUAAUGUCUCUGGUCAGACAAAGCGAGCCAUUGCCAACGCCAUGCAAAUUUCCAUCGGUAAUCUUGGAGCUGUUAUCGGAACACAGCUAUACCGGACGGAAACCAGUCCCCGAUACUUCCUCGGGCACGGAUUUUCUUUGGGGUACCUCGUCGCGAAUAUCAUCGUGGUAUAUAUUCUGUGGCAGGUCCUCAAUCGGGAGAACGCCAAGAAGGCUGAGAUCAGGGAACGCGACGGCCUCCUGCCAUUGAUGGGUGAUAUUGGUGACGGUGAGGGUGACUUCCAGGGAGACAAGGAUCCUAGAUGGGUUUUCCAGACUUGAAUCGAAACGUCUUGAGUCUUGCUUUUGCUUUUGUAAUGGCUGUUCAGAAGACAACCCUCAAAAUUCCAUUGGGGCUUUGUGUUGCGGAUUUGACUUUCGCAGCAAAGCUGAAAAGCUGUUUGCAGUAGAUACCCUUAUUUAGCUAGGUCCGUUAAUUGAACUCUCGUAGGUAAUGA